AUGACACCAAUCUCAGUCUUGCUAAUAGGCGCGAGCGGUGCUCUGGGAAAGCCACUGCUUGAUGAGUUGGUCCGUCAGAAGAAGCAAUUCGAGCGUGUCGCCAUACUGGCAACCCCGGAUAGGGUUUCCAAAUUCAAAGACCUCGACGUAGAGGUCAUUGCCGGAUCGCUCUACGAUCCGGCAUCGUACAGAGGUUUCAGCCAUGUUAUCUCCGCAGUUGGAAAUGCUCUGAUGGUACUGCAGCCUGCAAUGGUGGAGGCAGCUAUCACAGCCGGUAUCCAGCAUUUCUAUGCAUCAGAGUGGAAUAGCGACAUUGCACAGCGCGAGAUCUACAAUAUGCGCUACUUCCGUGACAAGCAAGCCGUCCGAGCAUAUCUCCGAGCCAGAGCGCCUCAAACCCCUGGCUUUCAGUACACCUUGAUGGUGACUGGUAUCUUCACCGAAUGGGCCCUUGACGAGUUCUACGGGUUUGAACACAAGGCGCUUACUGCGAAAAUAUAUGGUCAGCCAGGCGCACGAAUUGGGGUCACCUCGAUUCCAGAUAUCGCAAGGUACACAAUUGAUUCGUUGCGCAUGGCCUUUGAAGGACAAGGUCGGACACUGAGGGUUCAAGGGUGGACUGGCAAGCUCGACGAUCUUAUUGCCGAGCUCGAGAUAGCCAGAGGUGUCAAGAAGAACAAGCAAGGCUGA